AUGGAAACAGAUACUUCCGAAACCUCCACCCCACCCAACAACCCAGCCUUCCUUCAUGUCAAUACACACAACAUCUACAAACACACCUGUCCUUGUCAAAUACCCGACCCUGCACACCAGAACUUCAAAUGCCCCAUCUCUCCUAGUGUCUCCCGCCCUCUUUCGUUCAUCCAUAGAGCAACCGCAGUUCUCGGACGGCGUACAGGGGAUUUGGGAGGUUGGGUUGUGAGUGUGGAUGGUAUGAGAUGA